AUGGCAAAUUUGCGUGUAGAAGUGGAUAUAAGCACGGUUCAAAUAAUCAAGCGACAAUAUGCCCUUUACCGAAUUGACCUUAUUAUGAUCAGGAAUGGUGAUGAAGAGUGCCGAUACCACGCCUUUCGCAGGUUUUCGGAGUUUUUAAGGUUAAGACAGGACUUGGAAAACGAAAUAGGGUCGGAACUACCGUAUGAGUUACCGGCUAGGAAUAUCAAUGGAUGGCUGAAACGAACAAGUUCGUGCGACCCGGAUGUCAUUGAAUUCAGAAAACGGGAAUUGAGCAGAUUUUUGUAUGACCUUUUAAACGAUUCUUUCGACUCACGCUGGAAAAAGUCGCCAUAUAUGUGUCAUUUUUUGCAAAUACCUAGUAACUGGGCAGAUGCAACACUGCGAAGAAAGGAAGACUCAACUGCCGGUGUGACAGAGUCCACGCCCAAUGGUCCGGGUGGAUUGAAAGACCCCCAAAAAUGGCUCGAAGAGCUACGUAAUUGCAAAAUCCUGCUGGCAGAGGCAGUUCGCGAUCGCUCAUCGGCCACCAAGAUAGGCGUCAAGUUGAGGCUGCGAAUACAAGAUUUGGAAACUUCUUUGAAGCAGAUCGACCAGGAGCAGCUAGUGGGAACGUCUGAAAUAAUGCGGCGUCACAAUCUAUUGAGCGGGUUGAAAACUGAUCUGAACGAUAAACUGGUCGAAAAGACUUCUGAACUUUUCAGCAAUGCGAGUGACUCACACAAACUGUAUGAUCGUGAAGAGACUAAUGAGCGACCACUGAUGGGGCGCAAAAUCGGUGAAACGACCGAGACACUGGGACUUAAUGAUCAGGAGCUGCUCCAGCUGCACAAGGAUACAACUAAGAAACAGGACCUGGAACUAGAAAAGCUGCGUCAAAUAAUUUUGAGCCAGAAGGAUCUGUCACUGAGCAUGAAUCAGGAACUGAGCCAGCAAAACGAACUGCUGGAUCUCAUGUCCGGCGAAGUCGACUCUACGGCCAACAAGCUACGAAUGGCUAAUAGAGGAGCCAAAAGAGUUAAUGAGAGCUGA